AAACAAUGGGAAGAGACAAUGGGAGCGGAAGCUCACGCAGCUUCACGCGAGGUUGGAACGGAGAGAAGAACAUGUUGCCUUGAUUCACGUGGAGGCACGGAGACGCACAGUCUUAGAGAAACAGAGAGAAAGGCGCUGAGAGGCAGAGCAUGUACGGGAGCGCAGGGCCCCGUGGGGGCAGUGUGGAGCGAGGCGCGGACCAUCAGCGAGAACAAUAGCUAUUGUUGGGAGAUCAAUCAUUCACUGCCAUUGAUAGAGUGGUGCGAGGGAGAUAACGAGUGGGAGAGCAACGGGUAGAAGAGAUAAACGAGCGAUGGAGAGAGACAGAGGGGGAUGAGAUGGAGGGAAACCGUAUUUAAUGUGAAGAUAUACGUCCCGUUGACAUAAGCCUGCAGCUAUUGGGAGGGCGAGAGAGAGACAAGGGGAGGAGAGCGAGCUAUCGAGAUUGUACAUAGCGAGAGAGAUGGAGAGAGGCACAGAGACAUCGAGAAACACAGAAUAGAGGUUAGAGAAAUACACCGGGGUACAUAGGGGCACAGAAAGGUAGAAAUACACACAACUGGUAACAGAGUCGGAGAUACACAGAGUAUAGGUGGGGGGGGGGGUGAGAGAAAGGAGAAGAUAAGUACGAGAGCAAAACCCAAGGAGAGGGAGGCGGGUUUAGAGGAAGCGGAGAGGGAGGUGCAGGCGCGCACACACAGAGAGAGGAGCUUACAGGAAGAGACGGCUGUGCAUGGAGGGGGCGGAGAGAGAUGCGGUCUCGAUGUCGAACGGACUGUUGUUGUAAUAUCGGCAGCAUUGACGCGCUGGCGUGAGGACGAGACGGACACGUUAGAGCGGGGAGAGCGGAGAGAAAUCGAGAGAGGUUGGAGACGAUGGCCUGGAUCUUCAGAUUCCUGUCGUGUUUUGCUGGCCUCUGUUUUGCCGCUGGAGCUUCUCCGGGCAGCGUGCAGAUCGGUGGGCUGUUCACGCGGCAAUCGGACCAGGAGCACAGCGCGUUCCGGUUCGGGAUUCUUCAGCACAACUCAAACUUGAAUGAGUCCGAUGUUCCCUUCGGACUCACGGUGUACACGGAUACCAUCGACUUGCCCAACAGCUUCACCUUCACCAAAGCCUUUUGUUCGCAGUUCUCUCGCGGUGUCUUCGCCAUGUUUUCUGUGCUCGACCGCCGUUCCGCCAGCUCCCUCACGUCGUUUUGCGCCGCCCUGCACGUCUCUAUGGUGACGCCGAGUGCUCCACAGGAGCCUCCAUCCCCGUUCCUGAUUGAGCUGCAGCCACCGCUUGGGUGGCCACUCCUGCACCUUAUCGACAGAUACGAGUGGGGCAAGUUCGUGUACUUGUACGACACGGACCGGGGCCUGUGGCUGCUGCAGUCUGUGGUGCAGGAGGCAACGCGCCGGGGCUGGGCCAUGAUGGCUCUGUCCAUCGAGGGCCUGAGUGAGGAGGCUCUGCGGCAGCUCCUGCGUGAUCUGGCCGUGCGCGGGGAACGUAACAUCGUGCUGGACUGCGAGACCUACAGGGUGACGUCGACACUAUUGCAGGUGGUGAAUGUGGGAAACCACGUAAAGGGAUUUCACUACAUCAUCGCCAAUUUGGGCUUCCUGGACGUGGACCUGGACGUGUUCCGCUAUGGAGGGGCCAACGUGUCAGGGUUCCAGAUGGUGGACCGUAUGGCGCCGCAAGUCAUUGCAUUUCUGGACAAGUGGCACAAGCAGAGCCCACACGUGUACCCGGGCUCCGACAGCCUCCAUUUCAAGUACACAUCGGCGCUGGCGUACGACGGCGUGUUCGUCAUCUCGCAGGCGUUCCGAGCACUCUACAAGCAGCGCUUCGAUCUCCACCGUGAGGGCAACGCCGGCGACUGCCUCGCCAACCCCGCCGUGCCUUGGGGGAAGGGCGUCGACAUCCAGCGCGCGCUCAAGAAUGUUCAUAUCAAUGGCCUCACGAACAAUAUCCAGUUUAAUGAGCUGGGUCAGAGGUCGAAUUACACUCUUGGAGUCAUGGAGCUGAGGCCCACCGGACCCACAAAGGUGGGAUACUGGUCAGACACCAAGCACCUGGUGAUGACAGGACUCGGGGAAGAUGGAAUAAAUAGCUCUCUACAUCAAAACAAAACGGUCAUCGUAACUACGAUCCUGGACGCCCCGUACUUCAUGUACCGCAAGAACUACGAGCAGUUGACGGGUAACGAUCGCUUCGAGGGCUACUGCGCGGACCUGGGUGAGGAGAUCGCGCGUCACGUCGGCUUCAACUACCGCUGGAAACUCGUGCCGGAUGGCGCCUAUGGGUCCCGCGACACUGAAACCAAGAUCUGGAAUGGCAUGGUUGGCGAGCUGGUGUACGGGAAGGCAGACAUCGCCAUUGCCCCGCUGACCAUCUCGCUGGUGCGCGAGGAGGUCAUCGACUUCUCCAAGCCGUUCAUGAGCCUGGGGAUCUCCAUCAUGAUCAAGAAGCCGCAGAAGUCUAAGCCUGGGGUGUUUUCGUUCCUCGACCCACUGGCCUACGAAAUCUGGAUGUGCAUCGUGUUCGCCUAUAUCGGCGUGAGCGUUGUGCUCUUCCUCGUCAGCCGUUUCAGCCCCUACGAGUGGCAGAAGGCAGCCGCGGGGCCCGGGGAACUCCCGCCUCCUCCACCACUUGGGCCCGAAGGUCCCCCCGAGCCUAACGACUUCAGCAUCCUCAACAGCUUGUGGUUCUCCCUGGGGGCCUUCAUGCAGCAGGGCUGUGACAUUUCGCCCCGAUCCCUGUCUGGCCGCAUCGUGGGUGGCGUCUGGUGGUUCUUCACACUCAUCAUCAUCUCGUCGUACACGGCCAACCUGGCAGCCUUCCUGACUGUUGAGCGCAUGGUGUCGCCCAUCGAGAGCGCUGAUGACCUGGCCAAGCAGUCGGAGAUCUCGUACGGAACCCUCGACUCUGGCUCCACUAAGGAGUUCUUCGGGCGCUCCAAGAUUUCUGUGUACGAGACAAUGUGGCACUACAUGCGCGCUGCGGAGCCGUCCGUUUUUGUGAAGAAGACCGGGGAGGGGGUGGCGCGUGUGCGCAGAUCUAAGGGCAAGUACGCGUACCUGCUCGAGUCCACGACCAAUGAGUACAUCGAGCAGCGCAAGCCGUGCGACACCAUGAAGGUUGGCGGCAACCUCGACUCCAAGGGCUAUGGAAUCGGCACCCCGAAGCGAUCGUUCCUCCGAACCCGGGUAAACCUAGCGGUGCUCAAACUGAGCGAGCUAGGGACGCUAGACAAACUCAAAAACAAGUGGUGGUACGAUAAGGGAGAGUGCGGUGCCAAGGACGCCCAGAGCAAGGACAAGACCAGCGCCCUGAGCCUGAGUAACGUGGCCGGCGUCUUCUACAUUCUCGUCGGGGGCCUUGGCCUUGCCAUGCUCGUGGCGCUCGUGGAGUUCUGCUGCAAAUCCCGCGCCGAGGCCCGCAGAUACCAGGUCAGCUUUGCGGAGGCCUUGCGGAACAAGGCGCGCCUCUCCAUCACCGGCAGUGUUGGUGGCGGGGAGGCUGCGCGCUUCAUGCCAGGGGGGGGGAUGUGCCCCCCUGAGCUGCCCCCAAAACUGGCGCUCGUGCACCCCCAGCCCCUGCCGCCCCCCGCCUCCCCGCCACCCUUCACGUCCCCCGGCUCCCUACAUACGUCCAUCAGUGCUCAGCAGCAGCAGCAGUCACAGCAGCAGAUGGACUAAAUAGGAGGCAGAGGUGCUGCAGUGACAGCAGCUGGAGCCGGGGGUUGGGGGGGGGCGGCAAGGAGGCAUUAUGGCAGCAUCAGAAGUGGCAGGACCAGCUAGUGUUGAAAGAGUACCUGUGGAAUUGGCUGCUACAGCAGGUACAGGAGAGGUUGCAAUGUGUGUAUCAGCUCCAUCAGCUGCAGCAGCAGGACUGACAGUGGUUGGAAGUCGUAGCGGUGGCAUCGAUAGCAGAAGUUGGGUCACAAGGUGGUGGAGGAGGAGAUGUCGAAUAAGUGGUGACAACAGCAGGAAUAGCAGAAGAAUUGGAAGCAUUGGUGUAGCAGGAGCAGUUGGAAAAUACGAUCAAAGCAAUAGGAGCGUCUGGAACAGUGUAAACAUUGGCAGAGUAGCAAAACUUACAGGAGUUCUAAUUACACCAACAACUACAGCAGGUGUAUCAGCAAGCAGCAGGAGCUGCAGGACCAAUGGGAGAGAGAGAAGUUGUACUCAUAGCUGAUGCACUGAGAAGUGGAGGAACAGGAGAAGGAGGAAAUGGUGGACAAGUAUACAGAAAAGAAGCAGUAGGUAGUGGGGGUAUUGCAACGGGAGGUAUACUGACUACAGUGUGACUUAAAAGGAGCAGUGGCGUCUGAAUACGUGGCGGAAUUGCGAGUGCGGGUAAAUCUGCAGCAGUAGCGGCAUCUGUAAGAGGUAACAGUAAAAGCUUUGAUAGCAACAUUGGAUGCAUUCUCGGGUGGCAAUAGCAGCGGAUGGAUGAGGAGGGGUUGCAGCAGGUAUUCUCAGCAACAGGGUAAUAGCAACAACAGCUACUGUUGGCCGAAAUACAAUUAAUUGCAUUGGUGGCUGUUGCAGCCACUGCAAUAAAUGGAAUAACAGCAGCAGAAUCAGGAGCGAUAGACAGAGGGUCCCAAACUUAACAUGGACUUCAAGGAGUAGAAGAUGAGAGAGGGAUCCCUGUUUAAAACAAACGAACGAGAGGGGCUUCAGAAAGGGAGAACAAGUGAUGGGAGCAGAACAAGUGAUCGAACUGAGAUGGUACAUAAGAGAGAAACACAGGGAAAAAAAGGACUCCAAGCCAUCUGAAGAACCUAGAGUGAAGACUUGAGGCUUAGGGAAUGCACGAUUUGCAGAGAAAGAGCACAUUCCUGCACCACCAGGCGACCUAAAAUUAGUGAGUAAGUCAGAGGGCAUGAGAGUGGAGCACUUGCUGUUCAAUCCGGAGGGAAAACAAGGGUGAGGUGAACCAUCCUGUUCUUAUCAUUUGAUGCCAUCCCCUUGGAUUCGAUUUUGUCCAGGGGGUUGCUCUUCCAAAUGUUGACAUACCCUGGUAUGUCUCAUCCCGCACCUUGUGUUGUAGAAGCCACGGGUGGGAAGAGGAUUUUUUUUUUACGAAAGGCAUCGCUGAGACAAAAAUUGGUUACCCAGGAGCCGCACGAGUAAUUUUGUUUUUAAUUGGUCACGUGUUCAACAGAUGUUGAGUGGAUGGAGCAUUGUUUCUGAACAAUGUAUUGACUUAAAUUAAUGGAUCUGGGAAGGUGAUCCUUGCAGAUUCUAAUGGAUCAUGAACAUUGCCGUGAUUCGAUUGUGUGUGUGAAUGUAGAAUGUUGGUAGACUUUCUUCUACAGGAUGCGCCAUGCAUUGGAGAGGCCGGCCCUCUGACUCCUGUGUCACAUUGAGACUGCCACCCAAACACACUACCCUUUGUUAUGACACUGUCCUGUGUGUAAAUUUGUUUACCACAUUUGUAUGAGUUAAAAACAAAAGAAUCAACCAUUUUUCUUCUUCCGGCUUUAUUAUCAUAUGAUGAGUUGAAUAAAUUACAAAUUUGUCACUGGCUAAUAGACACAGAGUUAAGCUCUUUGAUUCAUUGCGGAUUCGUCCAAUAAAACAUGCUUGUAUUAUAUUGUGGAGUUUACCACAAGUUUUGUCUUGAGACUUAACUGCUAUCCUGCAUUUAAUACAGAGCCCUGGUCACAUCAAUAUACAAUGCUUCUAUUAUUUGAUACAAAGCCCUGUCUCUAAAACAGAGCUAAUAUUUUCUUAGGGUGUCUUUGCUUGUCUCACACUAUUUAAAAGUUCCACCAAAUUCUAUAAUUUGUCAUUCCUGAAAAAAAAUGUAUAAAUGUGUUUCAAAUCUAUACACGACUACUGGAAAUUGUUUUCAAUGUGGAGAACUUUUAAUGCGUUAACAGCUCUAUCGGGAUCUCCAGUGCUAAGUGUAGGAAAGAUUUGAUCCGUUGCCUGCACUCAUUACGGACCACUAGAACUCAACGUGGCUAACACUAGUUGGCUGUAGAUGGGCUGAAAACAUCCGCUGAUCCUUCAAUUGCCACCUUAGACAUUAAGUAAAAACUCCACCAAUUACAGUGUUACCCACUUGUGGUUGCGUCACUCCCCUACUGUCACACUAAGGCGCGUUUUGCAAGCCAGAUGCUUAGUUCAUCAUGUGCCCCCAGGCAUAGCUGCCAAUGGUGGUUCCGUUUCAAAAUGUUCUUCAUGAGAUCUGAUUUUAAAAUGCUGAGAUGCCUUGGCACAUAGGGCGCUUUAUCAUAGGCGGCUAUAUCAAAGGGCGUGAUAUCAAAAGCAUUUUUAAUGUUGCAGUUAUAUUGUUACACGACUUCAGUAUCCUCUUUGGCCAUGUUGAUUCGCGAGCGAUUAACUCUGUGCCUAUCUGCCAAAUCAGCCCUCGGAUAUGGGCUCAACUGGACCAAGUGUGAAACCAAGUUCUCAUUCUUUUCUAGUUUAACUCGUCCUAAAUAGUUUUCUUCAGACACCAGAUUUGUGAAGGCGUGUAGACCUUGGUUGAUGUCAUGAUAUUUUUUAACCCGCUCGAAUGUCUUUUUUGUUUGCUGCAUCAAUGUAAGAUUGAAAUGACAAAAGGAAAAUAGCAAUGGCAAGCAAAGUAUCUUUUUUAUGUUUUUUUGAGAUUGUUAAUUUUUAAGGCUUACGAUAAUUAAAGAUAAUGUGAUACUUUGUGUUUCAUGAAUUGGACCAAAUAUGAAGAUCCUGAACUCCUAUAGGUCUACUCAGCUUGAAAUAUCACCAAAAUUGGCUGAAUCUGAAAUGUUUACCUGCUCUUGGUCAACUGAACAUCAGCUCUGCCUGAAAUUACCACAAAGUAAAAAACCUUCCCUUGGUCAACUCAACUGGAUUUGAUCACCUGUCAACCAAUGCAUACUUGGCUCAGAUUAUUGAUUGGUAAUCACUGCACAAUGGUUAUCAUUUUUUGGUAAUUUGUUUACCAAUAAGGGUCAAUAGUUAAGUAAAAUGAAUGUUUAAAAACAGCACACUGAACUAAGAAGCUCCAGCGAAUGCCUGCGAGGGAAUUGUUGCUGAUGUUUUCUGAAGAGACGCUGGGAAAAAAAUGUUAUUGCAAAAAAUGAAAUAUUUGGAGCCAUACAUGACGUGGGCCACUUACCGCGCUAAGCGCAAAACCUGUGCCAUUUGGAGCUGCAUUGCACAGUGGAAGUGGACACAAUGUAUCAUAAGCAACAAGAGUGUGGCAUAUGGAUGGAUCCUCCAUGGGCCCUUCAAGCUAAACAUCCAACUCAAAGUGCGCUACAUUACCCACUUGUGCGAGGCUCUUUAGAUCUGAGACGACAAGUCCAUUUUUCAGGGUCGGGGGAUCGAAACUUGUCUAAAGAGUCCUGGCUAUCAGCUUUGGAAUUUUGACACUCAGCUCCAGGGAACCGUAUUUAUGAAUUGGAGUUUUUAGAUUUGGUUCCAGGAGACUGGAUUUCGGUUGAAAAUCUUGGAGAUUGGCUCCAUGAGACUGGGUUUGUGAAUCACAGUCUUGAGAUAUCUCCAGGAGACUCGGUUUCAUUGUCUUAAGUUUUUUUUUAUUUUGACUGGUUUUAAGAACAAGCAGAAUCACUAGUUUUUUUUUAAACUGUCUUAAAAAGGAAAGCACAACCCAAAAAACAACUGCUUCAUUUUGUUUUAGAUCCAGUGACAAUAGCCAUUUACAGUAACAUGAAUAUUUGUUUCUCUGAAUACACAACUGAAGAUUUACGAAUUCUAAUCCAGCUCCACCUAAAAUUCUGGAUUUUUGAAUGUCCAUUUUUCCAGAGCAUCCCCACUUAGCACGUGCAUCCCCACUUAGCACGUGCAUCCCGAUGUAACCACUCGAAGGCGUUGACAUAAUUAAUGGAGGCAAAUGUAUACUGGAAGAUUUAUUGUUGCCAUGAAUUGAUAAAGUCUGAUGCCUCAAUAUGCAAAAUGAGUGGGUUUCAAUUUCAGAAAAAAAUAAUGUAAAUGUAUCGGAGACGUGUGUUGAUUUCCAUUAUUUCUGCACAGACGCCCCAUCACUCUGUAAUGCAUGAAUCAUGCUGACGUGGCAUUCCAUUUUAAGAUUCAGGCUUCAACCUUAAAAUUUUACUCAAAAAGGAUGUACUUUAAGAAUAAAUGCAACAAAUGUGCGUUGGAUGAACCAGGAUAAAUGGUGUCUGCAAUGAUCAACCGUGCUUUGGGUUCUGCCUUCCUUUCAUUCAGCCUGUUCUUUGAGCCGUCAUUAUCAACCAAGUUAUUUUAAUAGCUUGUCCAAUACAUUGGUGAUAUUGAUUACACAUUGUUGUCAGACCUAUUUGUGCAGAUUGUGAGAAUAUAAUUUAGGAUUACUAAUGACAUGUUUUAACACUUUGACUUGACUAGAUUUAGUGUUACCAUUUGUCAGGUGUAAAAUGUAUUGUUAGCUCUCAGUUUGUUAUGGCUUGGUGGCUGCAGCCAUCAUGUCUGAGACAAAUGAUCACACUGUUGCAGUAGUGUGAGAUUUCAAACUUGAUUUAAGAUGUGGAUUCUGGAACCAUCUAUCGUGGUGACUCUUUAUUCCGAGUGGAAUAUGUUCACGUGAUUGGCACAUUGGUGUUUUGUGUGGCUGGGUGGACCGAGUGGGUUGCCUGCUUACCACUGAGCCAAUUCAUACGCGGUCAAUAGUUCGAUUCCUGCCACAGCUGCCCAGUACGAGACAAUUAUUAAGUUCUGUUCUCUUCUGUAAAUUGGACAUUGCCACGCGGAAUGAAUAAUUGUGCCAUUGUGUUCCUUUGGUGUCAGCACAUUUAGCUUCACUUAAAAUCAUUAAAUAAAUUGUGUAAAAUAA